AUGGUUGUUGGCGGACGAUUGGUGGCGGCAAUAGAGCGCAUACGGUUGUUGGCGACAAAAAUCGAAAUCCUAAAUUAUUGGAUGAGAAGUCGUCGGAAAACUAAAAUCAAUGUUGGGAAUAAAGAAAUUAGUCGCCUAUUACAGGACUUCGUCUUCUGUUCCCAACUGUUUCAUCUUCUAGACUUACUCUCCAAAUUUCCAUGGAUUUCGUAUGAACAACAGCAUUUCCUAACAAAUUUUCAGCCAAUAGCAUAUGAGCCACCACAAGUUCCAGUCUAUGUAUGUGGAGGCUGUAAUGCAAUUCUUAUAGUGAAGAAGGAUAAAAGCAAGAGAGUUGAUCCAGAUCAUGAUACAGAGAUAUUGGUAGCACACACAGAUUUUGCUCAAAAGGCAAAAAUUUAUGGUAAUAAUGUAUUUCCACAUGACACCGAAAGUUCAAAUCACUCGCUACUACAAUAUCCAAAGGUGAACACUAAACUCCGGUUAGUUCGUUGCCCAAGUUGCUGGAAAGCUCUGUUGGAGCCUCCAGAAGUUCUAGUCUACAAAUGUGGAGUUUGUAAUGCAAUUCUUUUAGCAAACAAGCAGAAAAAUGAUGCUGUUGAUACAAAGAUAUUAGAAUAUGCGGAGGUUGCUCAGAGGGCAGAUAUGUAUACUCAUAGUAUACCUCCACUUGACCCCGGAAGUUCAGAUCGAAUGCUGCUAACACAUCCAAAGAUGAAGCAAAUAAACGAUCUCAAAAUCCCUCUUCACGCCAUAAAAGAUGCAAUUGCGUAUCAAUGCUUGGAAAAAACUCGGGAAAAACGACCGGCGAUUGCUGAGGUGGCAUUCCAACUUAAGGAGGCCAUGCAAAUUCAAAUUGUAACUACUUCCAACCAUCCUCCAAUAGGAGCCACACUACCUCAUUCAGGGUGUUUUAACAAGGAGUUUUGUUCAUCUGAAUUAGGGGCUGAAUGUUAUUUACUUAAUGGUCUUAAUGGGGACAUGCCUUAA